UAUUUGGCAGGAAGGUGAGGAGGCCUCGCUGCCGGCGGUCGAGCCAGCGCGGGUAGUGGGGGAUCCCAAUGUGGCAGAGGCGCGCAAGAGGCAGCGGCGGUGGAGACAGGCGAGGGCAGCAGCAGCAGCAGCCGCCGCCGCCGCCGUCGUCAUCAUCGUUAUCGUUGUCCCUGCUGCCGCUGCGGAGGAGCUGAGCUGAGCUGAGCUGGGCGGCCCGGCCUGGCCCGGCGCGGGGAAGGGGGCUCUGGCCGCUGCGGCGCUGGCCCCCCCGGGACGCGCCCGCCCCGCUGGCAGUUUAUAUCAAUGUUACGAAAAUGCAUUUAAAAAAGAUAUUGUUCCCAUAUUUCUGCCACCAAAAACAAAAUACAGAAGGAAAGAGGGAUAUUUGACCAAUUAUGCUGGCCUGAUAAUCUCACAUCUCAACAUUCGUUAAGAAUUAAACCAAAGUAAAGGGGGAAGAACUGCCUAGAACAAAUCCUAAAAGAUAAUGAAGGAUAGGUGAUGCCUGAAUUUGAAUUCCAGCCGUAUUAACCAGUGAAUUUAAAAUUGAAAUCGGACAUCAGAUGCCAUCAUUGGUCUUAAAUCCCAGGGCAAUAUAAUUGAAAAUACUUCAGCUUAAAUUGGAAAAAACAAAUUAUUAAUUGGAUGGUGGAUUAAUAAGAAGCGGCUUCUAUCUUUCUACAACUAAGAGGAAAUCUUGAAAGUUGGAAAGAACUGGAUUUUCACCCUAGUCCAGCAGCUUUGCUGCUCACUUAAACACAGAUGAAUGAAGACCCCAUUUGGAAAGACACCAGGUCAGCGAUCCAGAGCUGAUGCAGGGCAUGCAGGAGUUUCUGCUAGCAUGAUGAAGAAGAGAACUUCCCACAAAAAGCACCGAAACAAUGUGGGACCAAGCAAACCGAUUUCUCAGCCCCGAAGAAACAUUGUAGGCUGCAGAAUACAGCAUGGAUGGAAAGAAGGGAGUGGACCUGUAACACAGUGGAAGGGGACAGUUCUUGAUCAGGUUCCUGUAAAUCCCUCCCUGUACCUUAUUAAAUAUGAUGGAUUUGAUUGUGUCUAUGGACUAGAACUGCACAAAGAUGAAAGAGUUUCAGCGCUUGAAGUCCUUCCAGACAGAGUUGCUUCAUCUCGAAUCAGUGAUGCUCACCUAGCAGACACAAUGAUUGGCAAAGCUGUGGAACAUAUGUUUGAAACAGAGGACGGCUCAAAAGAUGAGUGGAGGGGGAUGGUCUUGGCUCGAGCUCCUAUAAUGAACACAUGGUUUUAUAUUACCUACGAGAAGGAUCCUGUCUUGUACAUGUAUCAGCUCUUAGAUGACUAUAAAGAAGGUGACCUCCGCAUUAUGCCUGAUUCCAAUGAUUCGCCUCCAGCAGAACGGGAGCCAGGUGAAGUUGUGGACAGCCUGGUAGGCAAACAAGUGGAAUAUGCCAAAGAAGAUGGCUCAAAAAGGACUGGCAUGGUCAUUCAUCAAGUUGAAGCCAAACCCUCUGUCUAUUUCAUCAAGUUUGAUGAUGAUUUCCAUAUUUAUGUCUACGAUUUGGUGAAGACAUCUUAGACGUCAUUGUGAACUUUUGCCAAAUUUGUGGAACUAUUACAUGUAAAAUUUGUAGACACAAAAAGACUUGACUGCUUUCCAGUUUAAUGAAAGCUUAAAUGUCCCUGCGAACCCACAAUCUCUGCCAGCAAAACUGUUUUGUUCUGAAUAAUACAAACAUUUAUGUGAACGUGACACAUUUUGUGUAAGGGAACUCCUUUUCUUGAAGGAAGUCGAUAUAUUUUGGGGGGAGGGAGUACGGUAAAGAACAGCGGCAAAUUCAAGCUGUGUAAAGUUGAUCUAGUAUUGUAAUCAUUAAUCUAAAUUUUUCAUAGAUUUUAACUUUUUCUUCAACCUUGCACUCACCUGUUCAACUGCCACAUGCAAGUGUAGUUUGAUAUUUUUGAUAUUGCCUUCUUAUGUAACAUUAAAUUUAAUUUCUUGGCUACUGGCAGUCCUUGUUUUCAGGGUUGGGACAGAGGUGGUUUUGAAAGGUUUAAAUGGCUUGUGCAGUGUUAAGGAGUACCUAACCCACGUAACAUCAAUCUACUGUGUUUCUACACUACUUCAAACUAGCUGUUUAAGGAAUAGCAAUGCUUGGAAUUAUUUGUGCAUCUUAGUCACAAGACGGUGUAUGAUUUAUGCACCUUGCAGUGAAAAGGCUUUAAACUAUGAAAGGGUAUAAUUAAUCUGUAUGAACAGAUAAUGAGAAAAUGCAGGUUAGUGGCCCACAUUUACAAGCGGUAGAACCAGUAAAAAUAUCCAUAACAAGGCUGCCUUCUAUUCUAAAUGUUGUAUUUUGUUAUACACACUUAGCAAAACCCAAGUGCUUGGUGCCAAGACUUUUAUUUUAGUGAAGGAGAAGCAUUUGUUGCCUUCUGCUCAGUCUGCUGCAUUCCCUUUAUUUUUUCUUUUCUUUUCUUUUCUUUUCCUUUUUUGGUCCAAGAAGGCCUGAUCUCUUCUUUCUGGCUUUUCCACAUAAGGAGUGUCCGGACAAAUCUACAGCUUUAACCUGUUGUCGCCUUUUGUGGUGUACAUUGUACUUGCUUUGAGGUAUGCUGUUAACGUGAAUUUCAUUCAUUGAACACUAGAGUUCUGCAUGCCAGUGGUGUAAUAUCUAAUGAAAGCUAUAGGCAGUCUCAGUGGUUCGGUCAUCUGCAUUAGAUUGUGGAUGUAAAUAGCAACCCACAGCAGCAGAAUCCUUUCACAGUUUUAAUCUUGCAAGAUAGUUAUAAACCAAGGUAGUUUUUAAAUGUGGCAGCUUUUUAAAAGUAAUCAGGAUUGCAGAAAUGGUAAGCAUAGCAGCAAAAUUGUCAUGUCACAUUAAGGCAGAGCUUUGGAAGUGUAAAAGCACUGUUUAAUGGAAAUAUGAUAUAUGAAGCUAGUUAUCACUGUUGAGGGAAAGAAUACCCAGAUAUCCAACCUUACACAGUUAGUGGAAGGCUAGAAAAAGGGGUGCUGUUUAUCAGAGCUCUCAGAGGCCCAGUGACCUCUACUUUGGGUGGUGUUGAUACUGAAGACUUACUGAUUUAAGUCCCUUUCUAUCCAUUUUUUGCCUAAUUUCAUAUUUUAGCCUUAAGGCUUGUGCCUCAUUAUGCUGUUUGAAUGGUAAUAAAUACUCAUUAUAUAAAUACAAUACCUUAAUUCUUUGUCCAUUGCUACUAUUGCAUUCUGUCCAGUAUUUCAUCAUGGGCAACCAAAGGCAGGCUAUUGUCUUUCAGUGAAUAGCUUCUCAAUGCAGUUCUUAAGCACUAAGUACCUGAGUCGUAAAUGUUCCUUGUGUUUUGAACAAAGUGAGCAGAUUUGCAACACAGUGUUUUUUCAUCCUGCAGAUCUGUUAUGUGUUUUCUAUUGACUCUUAAGAGUCCUGCAUGUAAAUCUCAAAGCUGAGCCUGGCUCCAUGAGCCCAAGUUGAUAUUUGUGGCACAAGAAUGAGUGAGUGUAUUGAUUAAACACAGGAUACAUGAAUAACCUAGUACAAUUGGUUUUGGGCUAUACAUCUGAGGAAUACAAGGUUUGUUUUGAAAUAUUCAAGGUCUAGGUCUACUGAAACAUUUUUAACAUUAUAGGCUUGCACUUAAUGGGUUUUCUGCAAGCCACUUUAAUACACCACGUAUUCUGCCAAUUCAAAUAUAAUCAAUAAUAUGUAAAUUUUAUGGUUGUUUUCUUAAGUGUCCCUGUUGUGUCUGUUGCUUUUUUUUUCUUUUUUUCUUUUUCUGAUAGCUUAAACCACCUUUUUUGAGGCUUGAGACUAAUUCCACUCCCUGCCCAUCUGCUUUGGGCUUUGUUUUAGGCUCAUGUUUCAGAUCUGCAUGCAGUGCUUGCGUUACCCUGGUAACUAAAUGUUGGUUCCUUGUUCUAGGGGUUCAACAUUACUUUCCAAAAUUAUCAUGGGGCUUGUGAUGACACAAGCCAUGGAUCUGUGUAUAAAAGUUAUUGGCCUUUCUCAUUUACCUGCUGUAGUAUUGUUGUAUAUUGUGUGUGCGUGUGUGUGUGAUGUCAGGCUGCCAUGUAAAACUUUUAAAAGGAAAAAAAAAUCUUAAAUGCAGACCAUCCUUUUUUGCAUGCUUAGAAGGUAGAACGUUCAAUGUAACAAACUAAAGUUGCAUGUUAAAAUGUUUAGGUUUUUGUUUUUGUUUUGUUUUUAUUUUGUGUUCAGUUUUUUGUGAAUUUGCUUAUUGUGCUGUUUUAAUGGUUGUUAAUAGGAUUAAAUGCACCGGUGAGGCGAGCAUAGUGCCAACGGAAGGUAAUUUUCCAGUUGUACGUUUCAUACAGCAUUUGAAGGGACCAUGUAUUCUGUUCAGGAGUAAAUAAAAUCAUAGCUGAAUCUGAAACACUACAUUUUUUACUUUUUCUUUUGAGUGCCAAACCCUAAAUUUAGUUGGAGUAGGAUGUAUACAGACCUAACUACAUUGGGGAAAACCCUUUUUAUUGCAAUAUAUAAAAGCCUUCUUAAAUCAAUUAAUUUAAAAAUGAAGGUUUUAUCCGAAGACAGAAGCAAUUACAAUCAUUUCAGGGAAAAAGAAUUAUGGCAGAAACAGUUUCUGGUUCCUUGAAAAUGCUGUGCUUUUUGUAUUUUACAUCAUUAGUGCAAUUUGGAUGGUUCUUGGUAUGUGUAUAGUUCAAAGGUCUUCGUGUUCACAUUUUAAGAUUAGGUAAUGACUUCAUCUUUAGAGCUUGGUUUCAUUAUUUUUAUUUUAUUUUGAACAAUGUAGACAGUUCCCUGUUCUCUGCAUUUAGAAGUAUAAACACUUUAAAUCUGUUACUUAAUUCUGUAAGUAAUUUUUAUAAUUAUGAUGUAACUCUAUCCUUAAAACAUUUAAAAUAAACCCUUUAUGUGCAACUUA